CCGAGUCAAGUUGAAAACACACAGAUUUGACUCGCUCGAGCUUUAUUAGGGUCAAGUUGUGUUUUUUCCCCUUCUCUCUUCAAAACCAGAGAGAGUGAGAAAGACCCUCUGACCAAAGUCAAAACUUCUUAAACUUGGUUUCAGAUCUGAAAAGGGCUUCAUCGAACUCUCCGGCGUCGUUUCAUGAUCUGACUCCCUUCUUCUUCGUUAUCUCUUUACUUAGGUAACUGUUGCUGACUAUCUUAACAUGCCUGCCAGGCCAAGACUAAGCAAAGCUGACAACACAAUCUGGUUUUAAAGACGGUUCCUUUUAGUUUUCACUCACAAAGACCAUUUCAAGUGCUCUUAUGAACAUGGAUUCAGCAAACAGUGAGUUCAACAAACGGGCUAGAUUGUUUGAGGACCAUGAAAACAAAGGCUCCAAGGUGAUUCAUUCAAUGAUCCCUGAAUCUACCACACCCCUGAACAAAGGGUAUGACGCUUCUACAACCACUCAAAACUUGUUCGUUGAAUCAAAACCUGAAGCUACGACGCCAAAAGUCCUUAAGAAGAGAGGAAGGAAGAAGAAGAAUCCUAACCCGGUAAAGGAAACAAACUCGUCAACUCCAGGUGGAGAGGACUCAGAGAACCGCUCAAAGUUCUACGAAAGUGCUUCUGCUAGAAUGAGAACUGCAACUGCAGAGGAAAGAGAGAGAGCCAUCACUGCAGCCAAAACCUACGAACCAACCAAUCCAUUCUUUAGAGUUGUUCUGCGACCAUCUUAUCUCUACAGAGGCUGCAUCAUGUACUUGCCUUCUGGGUUUGCUGAGAAGUACUUAAGCGGGAUAUCUGGCUUCAUCAAGAUCCAGCUAGGGGAGAAACAAUGGCCAGUGAGGUGUCUUUACAAGGCAGGGAGAGCUAAAUUCAGCCAAGGAUGGUAUGAGUUCACGCUUGAGAACAAUAUAGGUGAAGGGGAUGUUUGUGUGUUUGAGCUUCUCAGUACUCGGGACUUCGUUCUGAAAGUCACUGCCUUCCGCGUCAACCAGUACGUGUGACUCUUCAUGAGCGGUCUUCGUUCCCAAAGUUCAAAAAUUUCAUGUAGGGUCUUUUAUCUGUUUGUUCUGAGUGAAAUUUCAGGUAACCGUGCUUUCAAUGUGAUUAAGUAUUCGAAGAUUGAGUGAAAAACUCUGUAUGAAUGGGUAGUUAGGGUCAAAGUAGAAGAUGUUAUUACUUUUAUGUGAAUGUUGACUAUGAUGUGGUUUAAGGGUUUUGGCUCCGAACAAAAAUUUUAACCAUUUACUCAGUUGGUGAGCUAA